AGGAUGGGAAUAUGAUGUCAACAGUGCUCGAAACAUUAACCAUAUCGCAAGGAGACAACCAAAUUGAAAGGCCAAAAGAUGGACCAGACCUGAUCGAAGAAGUAAUGAGGGGGAAAAGGAUGAGAGAGUUUUACUCUCGCGAGUUGAGGAGUUCACAACGCAAAUCCCAUUCCCACAGUAGAUAGGGGAAAUAAAAAUGAGCAGCGGAGGAGAUGGGAGAAGAAGAUUCUAUUCGCUUCCGCUCUCGUCGUCCUCGUCUUCUUCCUCCUAACUGCUGUACCAUCUCUUGAAAGAAAAGAGAAAAAUUAGAUCUUUCUCCCAUCCAUUGGAGCUUUCUCCAGCUCUCUGUUUCUUCUCUCUGUUCUAGCUGUUGUUCUCUCGGUAUCUUGGCAUGUUGAGCCAUGGGUUCUUCUGGUUAAGAUUCUUCACCAGGAGCAAUAUCAUUCGGUGUCUCUCAUCUAACAAAACCUUUCUUCUUUCUGUUUCGCGUUCGUUUUUUGUUUGUAGGAGUGAGAGCAGAGUGAAGAGGAAAAAAAGACUUGUUUUUGGUGGGGUUGUAAUGGGUUUGAGCUGGGAAAGGUGAGAUUUUUCGGAACUGGAAGUUUCCUCCUAUGUGUUGGAUUGGGUAGGGGGAGAAAGAAAGAGAGAGAGAGAGAGAAAGGAUAAGAGAUGAGGGCGGGGCUGAGCACGAUCCAGCAGACGCUGACGCCGGAGGCGGCGAGCGUUCUGACCCAAUCCAUCGCCGAGGCGGCGCGGCGGAGCCACGGGCAGACGACGCCGCUGCACGUGGCGGCCACCCUCCUCGCCGCCCCCUCCGGUCUCCUCCGCCAGGCCUGCAUCCGCUCCCACCCGCAGUCUUCCCACCCCCUGCAGUGCCGUGCCCUCGAGCUCUGCUUCUCCGUCGCCCUCGACCGCCUCCCUGCCUCCGAUUCCGCGGCCGCUGGAGGCAGAGCCGGGGCCGCUGUGCUCGCCGAGCCUCCCAUCUCCAACGCGCUCAUGGCGGCCCUGAAGCGCGCCCAGGCCAACCAGCGUCGCGGCUGCCCUGAGCAGCUGCAGCAGCCGCUCCUCGCCGUUAAGGUCGAGCUGGACCAGUUCCUCAUGUCGAUUCUUGACGAUCCUUCCGUUAGCCGCGUGAUGCGCGAGGCCAGCUUCUCCUCCACCGCCGUCAAGUCCACCCUCGAACAAUCCGUCUCCUCUUCAUCAUCCUCGUCUUACGCCGCGUCCUCCGCAACAUCCAUUGCUUCUCUCCCCACCGUCUCUCCUGCACCCCCCGCCUCUCUGGUUCUCGGUCUAACAAACCGUGCCGCCCCCUGCCGCAACCUCUACAUGAACCCCCGCCUCAACCAGCACCAGGAAAACGAUGGCGGCAGCGCCCCGGCCGCUGCCGAAGGUGGCAACGAUCAGCCCCGGACGGAGGACGUGAAGCGGGUUGUAGAUAUCCUCUUGCGAUCCAAAAAGCGAAACCCCAUCCUCGUCGGGGACUGUAAUCUUGACGCCGUAAUGAGAGAAGUACUACAGAGGAUAAAAUCCAUCGAUGCCCCGUCCCCGCUGCGGAAUACCCAAGUCGUCCCCUUUGCAAAGGAAAUCGACACCGCCACCCCCGACCAUUCCCAGGUCACCGUAAAGAUCAAAGAGCUCAGCAGCUCGAUCGAGUCCAUGAUGCGCGGCGGCGAACUUGGUGUGAUCCUCGAUCUGGGGGACCUUAAAUGGCUCGUGGAGAGCCCCAGCUUGUCGACGGGCUCUGGCCCAAUUCACCCGCCGAAGCCGGUGGUCUCAGAGGCCGGCCGGACGGUGGUGGAGGAGAUGGGGAGGCUGUUGAAGAAGUUCGAAGAUGGAGGUCGCGUGUGGCUCGUCGGGGCGGCAGUUUCCGCGACGUACCUCCGCUGCCAGGUGUACCACCCGACAAUGGAGAACGAUUGGGAUCUGCAGGUGGUACCGAUCGCGCCAAGGUCAUCCCUUACCAAUAUGUUCCCAAGGCUUGGGAGCAGUGGUAUACCAAGCAGGUCUGUCGAGACUCUAGCACCGAUGAAAGGCUUAGGACCCCUGAGACGGCCACCCGAGAAUACUGACCCUCCUCGAAGAACGACCCUCUGCCCUGUCUGCACGGAGAGCUAUGAGUGUGAAUUGGCCAAGCUCGUUGCGAAGGAGUUCGAGAAGUACUCUACGAAACGGGAGGCGAGCCAGGCGUUACCUCAGUGGCUGCAACUAGCGAACCUCAGUAAUGGAGGGAGCACUAAAUCUUCAUCUGCUCCUCUUCAGUCCAAGGAGGAAGAGCUACGCUGGAAGCAGUGCACUGAGGAGCUGCUGAGGAGAUGGUGCGGGACUUGUUCCCGCCUUCAUCCUAGCUUCCAUCAAUUGCACACCAAGCUGCCUUCAAUAACUCCAGCUCUGUCAAAGCCUUUAAGUGUGUUGAGAACACAUCCACCAUCUGAGCCCAAGUUAAAUCUUUCUCGGAGCCUCUCUCCCCUUCGGUUGGAAAGCAACCAGGACACACCUGCGGCUAAACUUCCUACUAGCCCUCCUGGGAGCCCGGUGAAGACUGACCUUGUCCUCGGGAGCUCAAAGGUUCUCAAUUCUUCCUCUGAUGCUACCCGUAAAGACCGCCUCAAGGAUUUCACUGGGUGCAUGCCAAGCACAUUCUCCAGUCAGCAGAAGGCUAAAAUUGGUGGCAUUUUGGAUAUCGACGAAUACAAAAGACUAUUUAAGGGGCUUACAGAGAGAGUCAGUUGGCAACAGGAAGCAGCAUCAGCCGUUGCGACUGUUGUACUGCAAUGCAAGUCUGGUAAUGGAAAGCGGCGGAGUGGUGGUACCAAAGGUGAUACUUGGCUUCUUCUUGUUGGGCCCGAUAGGGUUGGUAAGAGGAAGAUGGCAAGUGCCCUAUCUGAGCUAAUGUUUGGCAUUGGACCUACAGUCAUUAAUUUUGGUCACAUUUCAUGCACCAACGGCAAUGAUGGAGAGUCCAAUUUGACUUUCCGUGGGAGGACAUCCAUGGACCGAAUCGUCGAAGCAGUUUGGCAGAACCCGUUCUCGGUGAUUGUGCUUGAAGACAUUGAUCAAGCAGACAUGCUUUUGCAGGGUAAAAUUAAGCAGGCGAUAGAGAGGGGCCGUCUACCCGACUCAUAUGGUCGGGAGGUCAGCUUGGGAAGUGUUAUCUUUGUCCUUACUGCUGACUGGCUGCCGGAAGAGUUGAAGAACUAUUAUUCCCUCCUCCAGUCUGAGAGAAAGAUACUGGAGUCAGCGUAUUGUGGAUUGGAAUUGGAGCUUACCACCGGGGAGAGGCCUGGGAAACGCCGUCCAACUUGGGUGUGUGACAAUGAUCAACUAGCUAAGUUCAGGAAGGAAUCAUAUGUUAGCACCGAACUGUCCCUUGAUCUGAAUUUAGCUGUGGGAACUGAUGUUGAGGCUGGGGAGGGAUCAUGGAACUCAAGUGACCUCACCACUGAGCAUGAACAUGACAAAAGAAGGCUCGCUAUGAAGUGUUCGACAUCAUCGUUGACGUCAGAACUAGUGGAACUCGUGGACGAAGCUGUAACAUUCAAGCCGGUGGACUUUGUUCUGCUGAAAAAGAAUGCACUCGAGUCCUUAUCGGUGAAAUUUACAGCCAUUAUGGGCAAGGGGCAAGCGAUAAGGGUUGACGAGGAUGCUCUUGAUCGAAUUGUUGGCGGUGCAUGGCUCAGCGGUGCAGCUUUCGAUGAUUGGGCCGAACGGGUGUUGAUUCCUAGCUUGAGGCAACUAAGAGAUAACUUCAAAGCUGAUGGUGAGGUCUUAGUCCUUCGGCUAUCCACGAGAAUGGAGAACCGAGCACAGAGAAGCAAUGUCAAGGAUUGGUUGCCGACAACGGUGGCCAUCUAUAUCGAUGGUGGCCACGACAUUUGAUGGUCUACAGAAACUUGAUGGAUACAUUCUUUGAGCAAAUAUGUAUAUAUUACAUGGGGAUCUUUUUUCUCUAAACUUCUUUUGGGAAGCUAAGACCAUGCCGAGAGGAACUUAACUACCGAUAGGUAUAGGUUGGAGAAGUUAACACCCAUAUAAUUCACAAUGCUAAGAAUACUUGUAAUAUGUUCCUCAGUAUUCUUUUAGUUUAUUUUGUUCAGAACA